CCAGCUACGCCCUCUUUUUCUCCGCGCCCCCUCCCCCCGCGCUCCGCCAUCUUCGCGCCCUGCCCGGCGCUCCUUCGAGGGCCCAUGGAGGUUAGCCCGCCGAAAACACCGCCAGCCCCGCCCUCCGGCUCCUCCGCGCCCCCUAGCCAUCCGCCUUCUCCGCGCCCCGCCCGGCGCCCCAUCGUGGGCCCAUGGAGGUUUGCCCGCUGCUAGCACCGCCGAAAACACCGCCAGCCCCGCCCUCCAGCUCCUCCGCGCCCCCUAUAAGUAUUUUGCUGCUUGUUCCUUUCCAUCUACAAGUGACGACGACAACAACGAACGCGGCGAGGACUGUAAGGAGGACGAGAAGCAGGAAGGCGAGGUCGGCGAGGAGGACGCCAAGGUGCAGGUUCGGCAUUGUCCACUCCGCCGUCGAAGGUGACACUGAGGUUAGGAUGAGACCAUUGAAGCGUAAGAGAGUUGAAGCUCCACGGGUCCCAAUGCUCGAGGACGUGCAUCCUUACACCACGUGGAGCAUGUGUGUCCGAGUGUACCACAAAUUCCACGCGGAGAGGUUCGCUGUUGGCAGGAAGAGGCUCAGCAUGGUGUUACUGGAUGAGAAGGGUAAGAAAAUGGCAGUUGUCAUAUAUGAUGAUGAGGUGGAUCGUUUUGAGCCAUUACUUGCAGAGGGGCGGGUAUAUUAUGUGUGGCGGAUGUCCGCAGAACCAGUUAUGAGAAAUCAAGACUAUAUGUUUGCAGAUAGUCACUUUGUGUGUCGUUUCACAUCAGUGACAGUAGUUAAUGAGAUAAGAAAUGUGAACGAGCAAUUUAUCCCAUUAUUUCCACCGUUUAUGCCUUUUGACAAAGUUUGGCAGUUCACUCUAGACAAUGAUAUGUAUGUUGAUGUCAUUGGCAUGGUUAUGUAUGUGAGUUCUAUGGGGCACAAGUACAGUUUCUACAACCGAAAGGUCCCACUGAGAAAUAUUGUUCUGAUGGACAGCAGCUAUAAUAUUGUGAAGUUAGUUGUAUGGGAUAAGUUAGUGACUGAUAACCUAAGUACCUGGGAGAAAAUCGCAGAGGAGCGUGCUAUUAUUGUGGCCACGAUGUUAAGUGCAAAGCGCGACGACCAUAGCCUGCACACUACGGAUUUUAGUAGGGUCUACUUUGAUCCGGAUAUCGCAGUUGCGCAUGAAUUACGGCGAAGGAUCAAUAAUGAGCUCAGCGGGCCACCCUCUCCAUGAGUCAAAGAAGAUGAACUAUGGUCAUGGUGCAAAACUGGAGUCUUAGCAUAAUAGGACUAUGUUUUGAUUAAGCGUCGAUCUUGUACAUGGUGCAGAACCAGUACUCAAUAAAGUAGUAUAGAUUGUCAAAGCUGAGGUUAGGGGAAGAUGAUUUUUGUACCAAAGUUUAGUCAUUCUACUACUGGAUCAUAUAGACGCUGAAAUCUUUAGUCAUUCUUUUUUAUAUUGAGAAAGCAUAUGGAACCUCGUGUCAAUGAACAGAAGCCUUUUCUACUACUGGAUCAUACAUAUUAAGUUUUAAAUAGUCUUGCUGCUUAA